UCCUCAGUGCUCAUCACCUUCCCUGUCCAGCCUCGUCUCGUUCGUCCUCUGUCCACCCGUCUUCAACCUCCUUUUAUCGUAGGGGUCUGUGGUCGAUUGCCAUUCGCGUCUUUCGGCCAACCCAUAGCCUCCUUUCGCGUCUUGAGAUACACCUGGGGUGUAACCAGCACGCACUGGUGCACGACGAAUUCAACGGAUUGGCGAACGCCUAGUGCCGUUAGCGAAGGCCGGCAUGCCUCGCAGCGUCACCGUGGCUGCCGUUCAGUUCGCCUGCACGGAUGAUGAGGCUCAGAAUCUGCAAACUGCAGAGAGGCUAGUCCGCGUAGCACAUGCACGCGGUGCCAACGUCAUCCUGCUGCAGGAGCUCUUUUCCGGGUUCUACUUCUGCCAGGCGCAGUGCGUGUCCAACUUCCAGCGAGCCAGGCCCCGCCACGAGCACCCCGCGAUCGCCAGGAUGCAGGAACUAGCGCAGGAGCUGCAGGUGGUAAUGCCUGUGAGCUUUUUCGAACGCAGUGGAGGGGAGCAGGGUAGCAGCUCUGGUGGCGGUGGUGCUCCUGCUGGCACGGAUGCUGCCGCUGCUGCUGCUGAUGGUGGUGGUGGUGGUGAAGGUGGAGGUGGUGAUGGAGGUGGUGGUGGUGUGGCUCACUUUAAUUCGCUCGUGGUGAUUGAUGCGGACGGCAAAGACCUUGGGCUGUACCGCAAAUCGCAUAUACCAGAUGGACCAGGGUAUCAAGAGAAGUUCUACUUCUCCCCAGGGGACACAGGCUUUAAAGUCUUCAAAACACGAUACGCUAGCAUCGGCUGUGGCAUCUGCUGGGACCAGUGGUUCCCUGAGGCAGCGCGGGUGAUGGCACUCAAGGGCGCGGAGCUGCUGCUGUACCCCACAGCCAUAGGCUCGGAGCCGCAUGACGCCUCCAUCGACUCGCAGCCCCAUUGGACCACUGUCAUGCGCGGCCAUGCUGCUGCCAACCUGAUGCCUGUCAUCGCAUCCAACCGCAUCGGCACGGAGACCAUUCCAACAGAGCGUGGUCCGAGCACCAUCACCUUCUAUGGCUCCUCCUUCAUCGCAGGUCCUACCGGAGAGGUGUUGCGGCAGGCAGGGCGAGAGGAGGAGGCAGUAGUGGUGCACUCUUUUGACUUGGAUGUGCUGUGGCAGCAGCGCAUUGGGUGGGGCAUCUUCAGGGAUCGCCGACCCGAUCUCUAUUCUCCCUUGCUGUCCCUGGAUGGAUCCUCAUGACAUGCUGUUCCAUGCAAUAUGCAUUGUACCUGUCCCCUCUACAAUAAAGACAACCUUCCUCACUGUACAUACGGUUGAUACAAGAAUGUAAUAAAGGCACAGUGGAGGGUCGCCCAUUUUAU